AUGAUAGAGAAGAAUAUGGAACUACAAUACCACCAGAAGUUAAAUCACUUGGAGAUUGGAAAUGGUUGUUUUUUAGGAUGUAUAUCAUUAACAUCAAUUAAUAUACCAUCAUCAAUUAGUGAAAUAGGAGAUUUGUGUUUUUGUAAAUGUACAUCAUUAACAUCAAUUACUUUACCAUCAUCAAUUAGUAAAUUAGGAUGUGAUUGUCUUAGCGAAUGUUCAUCAUUAAUAUCAAUUAAUAUACCAUCAUCAAUUACAUCAUUUGGAAAAUCAUGUUUUUAUGAAUGUGGAUGUGAAGAUGAAUUAAAGAACAAUGAAACAAUACCAAGAGAUUGUUUUGACAAACACCAGUGA